AUGGCCGCCUCCUACGACAUCCAGACAUACCUCCUCGACCGGACCAAUAUCCACGACACGGUGACACGGUUCACGUUCAACUGCGACCGAAAAUCGAGAAACGGCCUCGUUCAAGACGUGUACGCUCCCCAAAUCGCCCUCGACUACACUUCCAUGUUUGGCAGUCAACCAUUUGAGACUACCAAGGAAGAGUGGGCUAAAACUAUUACAUCGGCGGCGGCCACCUACGACAAAAGCACAUUCGAUUAUCCUAGGGGUCUCAUCAUAGAACUCCCCCAGCCCUUCAAUAAUACUCCUAGGCCUGACAAGUGCCGGGUUUUCGCUAACGUAACCGCCCAUAUGGUUCGCCAGGUAGUGAAAGGCGGGCCUAUAAUGCAUGUCGGCGUGAGUCUACUCCCCCUUGUGCAAUACCCUCAGUAUUUCAAAUUGGGAUCAACUGACGGUAGUACCUAUAAUCAAUCCCGACUUAACUUCGACGUCAUUCGAAUUCCACAGCUAGAGCAAAAGGGUGAGAACCCCUGGCGAAUCAGCAAGCAGGUUGUUGAUAUUUCUUGGGAGCAGGGCAACAUGGAUGUCAUCGUAAACCAAGUUGCGAAUAUUGGGAAUUAGGUCAUCAAGGUAUAACGGUUUUAUUGAAGAGUUUUGUAUGUAUCUAUGGACAUGUUUCCUUCUUUUAUCUUUUAUUUUUAUAUGAAAAAGAAGAAGAAGAAAAAAGGGGAGGGAAAGAGGGGGACUCUCUAUCAUGAAACUUUUUCAGUG